ACCUGCUUAUAAUUUUCAUCAAUCUCUCAACACAUACCAGCUGAUAUACAUUAAUCAUGCCUUACUCCUCUCCCUCCGCUAUUCUUAUUGUUCCACAAAGACUUUCUCAAAUUGCCAAGCCAAUUAGUCCCAUACAAUUUUCUUAUGUUCCUACUGAUCAGAAAGAAAGCAGUACUCCUGAUAGUAACGUUCCUUCUAUCCCGCUAAAGAAGUUCCUCACAGCUCCUAGUGAACAUACAGGUUUCAGUAAUGAUAUUGAUGGUGAGCAAUAUGCGCAUAAAGUGAAGGCAUUCAAGCUUAUACUCAGCAAAGUAGGAGAAGAUCCUGCUGAAGGGUUGGCCAUGGUUGAUGCUGUUCAACGUUUAGGCAUUGACUAUCAUUUCCAAGACGAGAUUCAGCAAAUUCUACAAAGGCAGUUUAUGAUAUUUAGUCCACACAUUGGUCCCAAUCAUAAUGAUCUUUGUGAUGUUGCCCUUCGCUUUUGCCUCUUGAGACAACAUGGUUAUUAUGUACCUGCAGACAUCUUUAACAACUUCAGAAACAAGGACGGAAAGUUUAACCAGAAAGCAAGUGAAGAUAUUAAUGGAUUGAUGGGGUUAUAUGAAGCUUCACAUCUUAGUAUAGAUGGAGAAGAUGUGCUUGAUGAAGCUGGGGACUUUAGUGUCAAGCUCCUCACUGAAAGGGUAAAAAAUCUUGACCAUUAUCAAGCUAGGAUUGUUGAGAAAACGUUGGCGCAUCCCUUUCACAAAAGCCUGGCAAGGUUGAUGGCCAAGAACUUAUUUGUUAGUAAAUUCCCGAGUAAAAAUAAAUGGACACUUGUUUUUGAAGAUCUAGCCAAAAUAGAUUUCAAUUUGGUGCAAUCCUUGCACCAAAAGGAAAUGGUAAAAACUUCACAAUGGUGGAAAGACCUCGGUUUGGCUAAGAAGUUGGAGUUUGCCAGAGACCAACCUCUAAAAUGGUACAUUUGGUCCAUGACCAGUCUCACGGAUGCAAGCUUGUCAUGGCAAAGAGUUGAGCUCGCAAAACCCAUAUUCCUCAUCUACCUUAUAGAUGACAUUUUUGAUGUUCAUGGGACACUCGAUGAACUCACUCUCUUUACGGAGAUAAUUAAUAGAUGGGAUCUUGCUGCAAUAGAUCAACUGCCUGAAUACAUGAGGAUAUGUUUUAAGGUUCUUGAUGAUGUCACAAGCGAAAUCAGCCACAAGAUAUUCAAAGCUCACGGCUAUAAUCCUGUGCAUUCCCUGCAAAAAGCGUGGGCAAGCUUGUGCAGCGCAUUUCUAGUCGAAGCAAAAUGGUUUUCUUCAGGAAAUUUGCCCAAGGCUGAAGAGUACUUGAAAAAUGGGAUUAUUAGUUCAGGUGUAAACGUAGGACUAGUGCAUAUUUUCUUUCUACUGGGUCAGAAUAUGACAACAGAGACUUUGGAACUUAUUGACAAAAACCCAGUCAUAAUCUCAUCUACCGCCACAAUUCUUCGGCUUUGGGAUGACUUGGGAAGUGCAAAGGAUGAGAAUCAGGAUGGUAAAGAUGGAUCAUACAUAUAUUACUACAUGAAGGAUCAUCCAGACUGUGAUGCAGAAACUGCUGAAAAAAAUGUUAUCAACAAGAUUUCAGAUGCAUGGAAGAUCCUCAACAAGGAAUGCCUCUCUCCCAACCCAUUUUCAUCUUCUUUCACAAGGGCUUCUCUUAAUCUUGCAAGAAUGGUUCCCUUGAUGUACAGUUACGACGACAACCAACGGCUUCCUAGCCUCGAGGAAUAUAUUAAGUCCCUUCUUUUUGAAAAUGUACCUACUCGGGGAAUUUACAAUUAAUGUAUUUAUUUAUCUAAAAUAUUGCCUAAUAGGUCAAUUUUAAUAUGGGAAAGUGUUUUACGCUUUCUAGUUGAUGGAAAAAAAUACUACUAUAAGCUACUAUUCAAAUAAAAAUUAAUGUUUACUUUAUAAAUAAU